CACCGGCCAGCCGACCGGUUCCAUUCCUUUGCCUUUGAGAUGCCGCGCCGCGUUCGAAAUUCGAAUCAGUCCGCUCCGAGUGCUCGUGGAGGUUAAACGUGCACUGAAACUCUGAGAAAGUUUUAAUAUGUUUACGAUUCCUCGUUGUUUACAAACAGUGAUUUAGUGACUGGCUUUGUUUGGAUUAUGAUUAGUACAUACUAUAUUUAGUGUUUGGUUGCUGUGACCUAUAACGAUGGUGCGGAUAAUUUUAUUUAUGCUGUUUGGUGCGUGGCUGGUGGCUGCUGACCAGGAGACUGAGGGUGGCAAAUGUGAGAGGAUCAAACUACCCCUGUGCCAAGAUUUGGGAUACAACUGGACUGCCAUGCCAAACCUCAUGGGACACAAAGACCAGAAGGAAGCUGAGGACGCGAUGGUGAUGUUCGCCAGUAUCCUGACGAGCGGUUGUUCGGCGCACGCUCGCUUCCUGCUGUGCUCGGCGUUCGCGCCGCUGUGCUCGGAGCAGGUGUCGGGGUCUGUCAGCGCGUGCCGCGAGCUGUGCGAGAACGUGUCCCAGGAGUGCGCCGAGCGGUUGCGCGCGUUGCCGCCGCCGCUCGGUCUGCAGUGCGGUUCCUUCCCGCGCCUCGCCGACCGCCGCCUCUGCAUGCGGCCGCCCAACGCCAGCGAGCCCCGCCCCGAGCCGCCGCCGCCGCGCUGGCCCUUCCGCGACCCCGACCUGCUCGCCGACCGCGGCUGCCCGCCCGCCAACACGCGCGCGCCCUCCGGCGCCUGCUGGCCCGCCUGCGGACAUCACGCCGCGUACACGCCCGACGAGAAGCGCACCACCGAAGCCUGGAUGAUAACUCUGGCGUGGGUCUCCCUGCUGUCGACCGCGUUCGCGCUGCUCACGUUCUGCGCGGAGCCGGCGCGGUACCGCUACCCGGAGCGGCCCGUCGUGUGGAUGGCGGCGUGCCACGCCGUGGUCGCGCUCGCGUACGUGACGCGCGGGUGGCUCGGGCCGCGCGCCGUGUCGUGCGCGGGGGACGCGCUGGCCGUGGACGGACUCGCGGCUCCGCCGUGCGUCGCGUUCUUCGCGCUCACGUACUACUUCACGCUGGCGGCGGACGCGUGGUUCGCGAACGCGUGCGUCGCGUGGUACCUGACGGCGGCGAGCGAGUGGUCGACGGAGGCGCUGGAGCGCGCGGCCGCGUACCUGCACGCGGCGGCGUGGGGCUGGGCGGGCGCGUGGACGGCGGCGGCGCUGGCGCUGCGGCGCGUGGCGGCCGACGAGCUCAGCGGCACCUGCGGCAUAGCGGCGGCCGGUGGACCAGCGCUCGUGGCGGUGCCGCGAGGCGCGCUGCUGGUGACGGCAGCCGCGCUGGCGGUGGCGGCGGCACCCGGCAUCGCCCGCGUGCGAAGGGCGUUGGACGCGCGCGGGGCCGCUCGCGUGGGGAGGUUGGCCGUGCGGGCCGCCGCCGCCGGCUUGCUGUACCUGGCGCUGGCGGUGACGGCAGCCGCAGCGGUGGCAGCAUCGAGCGGGAGCGCGCUGGCGGCGGUGUCGCCGGCGGCGGGCGGGGCAGGUGCGUCGGCGUGGUCGUGGUCGCGCAAGUCUGGCGCGGUGUGGCGGCGCGCGCUGUGUCCGCCGCGGAAGGCGCCGUGCUGCUCGCCGCCGCUGCUGCGCGCGCACCACCCGCCCUACAAGAGACCGUUGCCGGUGUCGCGCGUGUGACGAAUCGCUAGUGCGGACAUUCUAAUAUUUAUAUCGUGACUGUUGAACGAUGAAGUGUGCGUUGCCUUCUGUGAAGGCUCUCUCGAUUUUGUACAUACGUUUGUAAAUAUUGUAAAUGUUGAUUAUAUUCUGUUGACUUUUU